GGCCACCGCGGGCGCCUCGGGGAGCAGCGCGCUGGGUGGGCGACGAUGCUCGGUGGUGCGGCGGCGGGAGCAGUCCGACUUCCUGGGGUAGCGGUCUAGGCGGGCGCUUGCUCGGCGCGCUCGCUGCCUGGCCCCGGCCAUGCACCCCGCCUUCGCCGUGGGCCUGGUGUUCGCAGGCUGCUGCAGCAACGUGAUCUUCCUGGAGCUCCUGGCCCGGAAGCAUCCAGGAUGUGGGAAUAUCGUGACAUUUGCACAGUUUUUAUUUAUUGCUGUGGAAGGCUUUCUCUUUGAAGCGGAUUUAGGAAGGAAGCGACCAGCUAUCCCAAUAAGGUACUACGCCGUGAUGGUCACCAUGUUCUUCACCGUCAGUGUGGUGAACAACUACGCCCUGAAUCUCAACAUCGCCAUGCCCCUGCACAUGAUAUUUAGAUCUGGUUCUUUGAUUGCCAGCAUGAUUCUGGGAAUUAUCAUUUUGAAGAAAAGAUACAGUGUAUUCAAAUACACCUCCAUUGCCUUGGUGUCCGUGGGGAUAUUUAUUUGCACUUUGAUGUCAGCAAAGCAGGUGACUUCCCAGCCCAGCGUGAGUGAGAAUGACGGAUUCCAGGCGUUUGCAUGGUGGUUACUAGGUAUCGCAGCGCUGACGUUUGCCCUCCUGACGUCAGCGAGGAUGGGCGUAUUCCAAGAGACUCUGUAUAAACAGUUUGGGAAACACUCGAAGGAGGCUUUGUUUUAUAACCACGCCCUUCCACUACCUGGUUUCAUCUUCUUGGCUUCUGAUAUUUAUGACCACGCAGUUCUGUUCAGUAAAUCUGAAUUAUAUCAGGUUCCAGUCGUCGGCGUGACGGUGCCCAUCAUGUGGUUCUACCUCCUUAUGAAUGUCAUCACUCAGUACGUGUGCAUCAGGGGCGUGUUCAUCCUGACCACAGAGUGCGCCUCCCUCACCGUCACGCUCGUGGUGACGCUGCGCAAGUUUGUGAGCCUCAUCUUCUCCAUCUUGUACUUCCAGAACCCUUUCACUCUGUGGCACUGGCUGGGCACCUUGUUUGUCUUCACUGGGACCCUGAUGUAUACAGAGGUGUGGAACCACCUAGGAGCCACAAAAAGGCCACCUCCCGGGGAGGACAAGAAGAACUGAGAUCUGCCUGGAGCACACAGACCUGCUGCGUCCUAGCGAGAGGGGGCUGGUGAAGGGCCAGCCACCGGUUCACUGUUGUCAGUGCUGAGCGACCCCGGUAUUGAACCAAAGGUGCGCCCGAGAGUCCUCGGAAGAGGGGUAUUCUCAGAGUUCUUGCGGCUCUACAGAUCAACGUUUGUAGACUCGUAAUAGAAACCCCUUGACCCUGAAAUAGGGAAAGAAUAGUUCUGUAGGAUCGCACAGCCUCUUCAUUUGUUCUUUUUUGUUUUGUUUACCAAAAUAUUCAGGACUGCACUCGCUUGUUGACUUCUGAGUCCCCAGAGGCACUCAUUUUUUGUUUGUGGACUUGGACAAGAUCAGCCGUUUUGUUGUGAUGACUCUAUGCCAAAUCAGUGAUUAUCCUGUGACCUGUCCCUUCUUUCUCCUGCCAUCCCUCCAUCCUCAGCAGCACUUUUCAACCUGACACACACUCCACGUGUCACUGUCAGGAACUACUAGUGGCCAAGUGAACUGGGGUGACACCAGGAGCAUUGGGACCAGGCUUCCUCCAGCGUGCUGGGAAAGGAGCAGUGGGCCCUGUGAGCGCAGUGACACUGGAGCAGGACUCUGGGAACCCUCUCUCCCACAUUUGCCUUUUUUUCCCCUUUUUUCUAUACGCUUUCACAUCUCCUGCUUUCUGAACUUAGAGCAAAUCCGCAGCACAUCUAUAUGGCACAAUGUUAAUAAGAAAGAAAGAUUGUAUGACUUUGAAACAGAGACUGUUUUCCUCAGUCUUCUGUAUGAAGCCCAUGAGAUGGCGCCCCCAGCCUGGCCCAGGAAAGCCGACCCUGGCGGCACCAGAGAGCCGUGGCACCCCCUGGAGGCACUGCAUCGCUUCUGGGCUGAAUCCCUGUGGGUAGGCAAAGGCUUGGGAAGGCUUCUUCUUAACCAGGAAGAUGCAGUGCAGCCUGACAACUCUGCUAGCAUCUCAGUCAGGUGAAUCACUGAACGUGUGUGUGUUACAUGCACCCACAUAUAUACACAUGUAUGUGCAUUAUAUAUCUAUAGUACGGAUACUUGGCGGGGGGUGUGGUGUGUAAGUCAGGUCAAAUCACAAAUAGAAUUUUUGUUUUUCUCUUUUCCUAUGAAGUGUCUUGAUGUCUUGGUGGGCCUCUGGGAGAGUUCGUAUGCAUUUAUUGUAUGCAGAAAUGUGCCUCUGGUAGAAAUCAUUUCAAAGGCUGGUUUGGAAGGAGGAGCGCUGUAGGUCUGCAUGUUGCCCUCCUGGGGUUGGUGUGUGACCAUUGGGAGGAGGGAAGAGCGCGGGAAAUCAGUGUUCUUUGAUUUCCUCUUUCUUCACUUUGCCCCUGACCUUCAUUAACCUCACACAAGUACACGUAGGCAGGGAAGCUUACUGUCCCCUUCUCUUUCUGCAUAUAGAAAAGGCCUUUCCCUUCCUGCUGGGUGUAGGUAGUGUUCUCCAGGCAAGGCGUGGCCCCAGGCGCCUGGGCUCCCUCCACCAUCUGUAGUGUUCUCCAGGCAAGGCGUGGCCCCAGGCCCCUGGGCUCCCUCCACCAUCUGUAGUGUUCUUCAGGCAAGGUGUGGCCCCAGGCCCCUGGGCUCCCUCCACCAUCUGUAGCAGAGCUGUCCUGGGACCCCGGGUCACUUUGGGCAAGUCCCUUAAGGUGCCCCAGUUUAUUCCGUAAAGUGUGGAUACUAUUUCCCCACCUAAGCCACAGGCCUCAGGCUGGUUAGUUCCGGACGUUUUCAACUGCCCCAUGCCUGUGAGGGUCUACCUUAAAGCAUACUAAAUCUAUCAUGGAACCAAAAAGCACUUUGUUUAAAAUGUGUGGAGUUCGUCAGAAUGACGUGCUAUAAAUACCAAGUGUUAAAGAUCCUCUUAAAGACACCAAAAGCUCCUUUUCUUAUCCACUUAAUAGAAGGAGCUGUCCCUAGGGAUUGCUCGAGUGCUACCUAGCUGGUGUCUCUGGGUAACCCUCCGUGGGUACUGCCUUACCUAGCAUGGUGUCACCCUUUCGUGCUGGAGCAAAUGUUAACGUUUAUUUAUCGAAACUGGUGCCAGUAUACACAGGUACCAUUUAACUGGGUCCAUUCCAUUUCAGAGUCUUGUUUUGGAAAGUGUCUAUUCCUCUCGGUCAGAAGACCUCUGCCAGCCCUGCUAGUGAAGGGGUCAGGUAAUAGAUUCGCAGGCUCACACACAAUUCAAGUAGUGAGCAGCAGGACGCCUGAGAUGUCCUGUGGAUUGAUGUUUCUCUUUAGUAGUUGGGUAUCAGGAAAUAUGUCUAACCAACAUUAGUUAAUACUUUGCCACUAUUUUUUUUUAAACCAUAUGUUCACCUUUGUUAACUGAUUUUGCAAUCCAAGUUGAAAUUUUUUCCCAGCUCUUAUUAAAGGGGCAAAUAAACUAUUUUGUAGAGAGUCAGACUUUGACCUAACUGGAUGAGAAAUGCCUUAGUGCUUUUCCUCUUUCUCUGGGUGAAGACCAGGUAGUCUUGUGCUUCAGCGAUAGAUAGAGGAUGUAGUUUGUUUACAAAGGAAUGUCAUGUGCAAGACUCUACCCUUAGAGCAAUGAUCAAAUAGCAAACGACACCAACCAGAAAAUGUAGUGUGUGUGUGUGUGUGUUUGUGUCCACGUGUCCACCUAACAGCUUGGUAAGACAGCAGACAAGGUGUAAAAGGAAAUGACAGUGGCUUUUCAAAUUACAUAAAUUUAAGGUCUACAUACCCUCUACCAAAAUUUGAUUGUCAUGUUUUCAAUGCUAUCGUUUUUCAUUUUUUAAUUAGUAAGAUAAUUUUGAUCCUUUAUUAUCUUCCGUAUCCAACUAAAACAGCCAUUCCAUAUGUCUGUACUUGGUAAGUUGAUACCAUGUUCUGAAGCAUUUAGACUCAGUCCCUUCUUCCUGCCCACUGGUCAUAAAUGUUACAGUACUUCAGGGUGGCCAGUGCUGCGAGUGCCACCCACAACCUCUUCUGUUCUUCUGGAAGGCGACACGGUAGUUUUUAAAGAAUUCCAGUAAAUGUCUUGUCAUUUCCCUAGCACCUUCCUCUCCUCUGCCCUAUUUUCUCUCACUUCCCAGCCUCAGUUUCUUCACUGUAGCUUCGGUUCACUGCUGAGCAAGACCUAGAACCUCACAUCUGUGCCCCUGUUCUCUGGGUGGUUUUUGUGGAUUUUAACAGGGUAUUUCUAUCAGUGUGCAGCAUGUAUUUAUUUAUACAUCCUUAUAAGCACUGAUACUAGGGAUGUGCGUCUGUAAGGGUGAGGGUAUAUAGCAGAGGGUGUGAAUAUCAUGAGGAUGAGUGUGAACAUGAAGGGUUAAUGUAAAAAUGUACGUGUGUUCUACUCAGAGUAGGGGUGAGAACCUUCACCACCGUCCCCUUCUGUGUUUGGGAAACAGUAGUUUUCCCAUUUUGCUCUUUCUUUCUUACCUUCCUCCCCCAGCUCCUUCACCCCACAUUGCCAGGUGCCUCUGGAGAAGGCAGAUGGAAGAUUUAGGUCAGAAAGAAUUCAAACCAGUGCCUCAGCUCUGGACUAGGGGGGCGUGUUUGUUGGGGGACCAGUUGGCAUGUUCGCGAAUGUAGCAAAGGCCUGAGUAGAGGCACCAGUCCACAUCGUGAAGAACCACAGCGUAGAGAUCAGAAACCCAGACCCUACCUUUGCUGCAGUUUCUCUUUGGCUUGGAAUAAACAGAAUUGUCAGUAAUUCUGCCCUCAUGAGAUAACCAAAGCAUUUUAGUCUCGACAGCUUUAUCCUGACAGCUGGGGUUGGAUCUUACCUGGUUGCAGCCCAUUCUGAGGUAGAACUGUCAAUAGAGAUAUAAUGUGGUCAUUAUGAUUGCUGGUGGGUACGACCUUUGAAAGUGAGUAUAAGCAAUAUUUGUAAGUAAAAGAACGUGUAGUAAGCAUUGGAAUAUGUUCAGUGUGAACUGAGUGAGGGCAGGCGACUGACUUUCUUGGCUUUGUAGUGUGUUCUUCUCUCUUUCCAGCGGUUUCCGGGAAAGGAAGAGGCCAGGGAUCAUGUCUUAUUCAUUUCUGUAUUGCUAGCACAAUGUCUGACUUGUGUUACUAAAUGAAUGCUGCCAAGGUCUCUUAUUCCCUUAAGUUUCUGUGAAACCUUCUAAUGGUUCCUGGUACCGACUCCCACUCUUCAUCAGCUGCUUGGCAAGAAAGUGAAGAAAAGGAAGCUUCCAAAGAUUCCAGGCAAGGAAAGGAGUGGGGGAGCAUUGAGGACGCCCCACGGGUUGUCAUCAGUAUACAGCCUGCCCCCAGUUUGUGCUCGCUUGGUUGCGUGGUGGUAGGAGGGAAGUAUAUCAGGGUUCAUUUCUGUUUGAACCCCUGCCGAGAACUUGCAUUUCUAACAGUUUCCCAGGCGUUGCUAAUGCUGCUGGCUAGGGACCAAUUUCAAGAACCACCAAGUAGAGCAGUGGUUCACAAAAUUUAUUAUACAUAAGAAUCACCUGGGAACCUUGUUAAAAUGUAGAUUCUGAUUCAGUAUGUCUGGGGUGGACUCAUUAGCAUCACCUGGGAACUUGUUAGAAAUGCAAAUUCUCAGCAGGAGUUCAAACAGAAAUGAACCGGUUCGAAGCCCUGUUAUAUAUUUAGCACUUGGCAUCACUCGGUGCCCAGGAAGGAAGUGCUCCGAGAUGCCCAUCAGGGCAGCACUAAAGAUCCUUAGAAGUUCCUGCAGUAGGCUGCACUGGGUGGCCAGCCCCACCUCAUUUCUCCAUGGCCAGCGGAGGUCAUUGUCCAUUGGUCUGUUCUCGGGGUCACACUGGGACACCUCCCCUGAGCUUUAUCUGCCUAAACCACUAACCAUCCAACCCAGAUUCCUCAUUUUUGUUCAGGUGAGGCAAGUUGCAAGGGAACCAGAGCGAAGUGAGAAAAUAAGGCUUCACUUAAAAAGACAUAAAACCCAUACUUUCUUAGAAAAAGUUCUAAGAAUUCUCUGGCACAUUGAAUUACUUCUGUUUUUUGAGAUAUAAAGAAGACUGAACCAAAGAGGGAAGCAGUGCUUAUUCCCAGUGCAGUAAAAACGGCCAUGGGUCACUUGGUAGCACAAGUCAUUUUGGUGCUGGUCGCUUUCAUUCCAGAGAAUGGCGUCAUCCUCAAAAAGGAUAAUUUUGCAAGCAAGAUUUCCUGAAAUUAUGUGGCAUGGGGGUGGGGAAGGACAGCAGGGGUUUGGUUUAUCCAGCCUCUGCGCUCUUCAUUCAGUAUUUAGUUUUAAGCACAAAGAUUGGGGGCAGCAGAGGCUGGAGAGUGGUGGAGACUGUAACACAGCUCAGAGACUUUAGUGGGUGUUCAGGUUUUGAGCUGUGCAAAUAUCCAGCGUCAACUUCUGCCUUCUGAGGCAUUUGAACAGAGAGUUAAGGUGGAGUGGGAAGUUUUUACAAAUAAAAUCGUUUUGCCAAACAA